UGGCUGACAACAACAUGGCAUUUCUAGGAUUUCUCGAUUGAAGUGUCCUAGUUUUUUGCUGGGAUCUAUUCAUCAUAUUCUGGUAUUGGAUUUAUAUUAUGCACGAUGGCCACGGAAAGUCCAGCCAAAGUUAGCGGAGUUAUACUUCGCGAAGGCCGAGAUAAACCUUCAAUGAGCAAAAUCAAAAAGUUAAAACGGCGGAUAUCAGCAAGUUUUGGACGUCUUUCUACAGGCAUCAAUCGGAGUUUCAGUUUCACGGCAGGCACCUCAUUUUCUAAGGAGGAUACGAUACACGAGAAUGAGAACGAGAGCGACGAAUUCCCUACAACUAAUGGUCACCCGCCAAAAGACGACAGCUUCGUAUUCUACGACACCAAUGGCCUCCAUGAUGGCAAUCGACAAAUUCAAGGACGGAGUCAAGGCGAGGGCCUCGACAGAUUAGAAGGUGCUGCCUGUCUUGCCAGUCAGUUAAAGAAACACACGCCAGUCAAGAGACACUACUCAACUGGGGACAUGCUCUUGGCAAAUAUCGACUUCGAAACUGGCGUAGGGACGAUACCGCAACCGGAUAUACCGCGGCGACCGAAAUCGGAGGGAUGUUACGAGCGGUUUUCACCAAAACGAACGUUGAGUUUUGGGGGCGACUCUCCAUUCGGUAAACUGAAUGCAUAUCAGAAGUUGGAGCAGCUAGGGGAGGGCUCUUAUGCAACUGUGUACAAAGGACUAAGCAAUUUAAAUAACAAAAUUGUUGCGUUAAAAGAGAUUCGAUUACAAGAGGAGGAGGGUACGCCGUUCACUGCGAUCAGAGAAGCAUCCCUACUAAAAGGUCUGAAGCACGCCAACAUCGUCACCCUCCAUGACAUUAUACAUACUAAAGAAACUCUGACCUUUGUAUUUGAAUUUGUGCAUACAGAUCUCAGUCAGUACUUAGAAAAGCAUACAGGAGGAUUAAAUCCACAAAACGUUAAGUUGUUUUUAUUUCAACUCUUACGAGGACUAGCGUACUGUCAUCAACGAAGAAUAUUACAUAGAGAUUUGAAACCACAGAAUUUACUAAUAAGUGAAAUAGGUGAAUUAAAAUUAGCAGAUUUUGGUUUGGCUCGAGCAAAAUCGGUGCCCAGUCGAACAUAUUCUCAUGAAGUUGUGACGUUAUGGUAUCGACCCCCAGACGUCCUUCUCGGCUCAACAGAUUAUACGACUUCCCUUGACAUGUGGGGUGUUGGAUGCAUUUUCACGGAGAUGAUAUCUGGUCUUGCGACAUUUCCUGGCAUGAAGGACGCCAACGACCAACUGGACCGAAUAUGGCGGGUCCUUGGUACGCCGACUAAUGAAACGUGGGAGGGGGUGACGCAAUUUCCUAAUUAUAAUAAAGAAAAAUUUAUACGAUACCGAAAACAGAAGCUUGCCCAUGUGAUCCCGAAGAUUGCACAUAUUCCCUAUGCAGAGGCUAUAGCUGCCGAGUUUUUACAAUUGAUACCGACGCAGAGAAUCUCGGCACGAGAAGCGCUUACACACCAGUACUUCUCGGAUCUUCCAAGAAAAAUCUAUGAUCUUCCUGAUGUGGCCUCCAUCUUUAACAUUCCCGGUGUGAAAAUGUUGCCUGAACUUCAUCAGUUAUUACACAAGUCCUCGUCGUCAAUAUCUCGAUCAAGUGGAAAGAAGGUAUAGCAGGCACUAAGGCUUUGGCAACCUGGUCCCCAUGUGAUCUGAAGACUUCGUGACGUCAUGUAAAUAGGUCAACGAAUCUCACUAGUGAUUCAAUGAUGUAGUGUUGCUUUUGGAAAUUUCUUAAGGACCAAUCAGAUUGUACGCCUAUCAUGUGACCUUUGACUUUAAACUAACCACCAAUCAUAUGUAAAUUGUAUAGAUAAUCAGCAUGUUCCAAUACAGUGCAUUUGAGACCAUUUUAAAGUUUAAUAAAAUAUGGGACAAUUUGAUUCAAGAGGGAAAACUAUAGAUUUUUCACAUAGUCUGAUGUAUGAUGUAUUCUAUUGCAGUAAACCAGGGUAAUUUCGUGAAGCCAAAGGUUUGAUUUUGCGGUAGCCUAAAUUUCCGCAUUUGUGGCCAUGAUUUAAUGAUCAAUGCAUGAAUGUGGUACUGUGGUGGCAAUCACAUUGAAACGCAAGAUGGCAUAUUGAGGCCAUGCUGAUGUCAUCAUUAUAGAAAAAUUGUCAUUUUGGGUUCUUGAACCAUGCGACAUAACUUUGUCGUCCGCGCAACAAUGGAAGAAGUGAAGUUUGGCGAAAUAAGCCAAGACGUUGUCACAUGUAGCACAGAUUUGGUAGCGACUUCCUCAGAGUCUGGGUCAUGGAUUGACGUCCAAAAUAAAUGCCCAAAUGACGUCACUUCAUAUCCUCGACAGGGCGAAUGCACACGGUGAAGUGCACUCCUAAAUCUUUCAAGUUUUUUGUCGGUGACGUGUCACCUACAUACCACCACUGAUAAGUAAAAGGAUGACCACAAUUUUAAUGAAUAUCAAUGUGUUGUUUAAGUUACUCUUUUUUCACUAAUCUAAGACUGGUUUCUGACGACUCGUGAAACAUUGAUUCAAUAUGUUCGAUGAGAUAGAUGAUAUAAACAAUGGGAUUAGCAACACCAAAUUAUCCGAUGGUCUUGACGUCAAGUUCUGCUUGGCCUUUGUGUUGCUUUCGGAGUAAUUAAUGAACUGCUCUUAGAUCGAUGAAACUAGAGUGUUUCAUUUAUUUUUUAAGUUAUAUGUUGAUUAGAUGCUCAAGGUUGCUUUUGUGAUCAGAAGAACAGCCUAGCAAGAAUCCCCAUUUGGUGAGUUGUAGCUCGAUCUGGUCAUUUCCCAUUCACGCCCACCGAUUCGACUGCGAAGUUCUCCCCUGGAACUAGUUUAAAGGGUAUUAACCUGUGUCAUUUCUGAAGAAAUAGAUUAAGGGUUGCCCAUGGGCAGCACCAUUUUGGCUGGAACUUGAAAUCCUACAGCAAUUAGAACUCCUUCGAAAUUACAGUAGAACCUCUCUAUUAAGGACACCCUCGGGACUGACAAGUGCUGUCCUUAAUAGAGUGGUGUCCAGAUUAGAGAGGUCAAAAUGAAUAGAAACAACUGCUUUGGGACUAAAACUAGUGUCCUUAAUAGAGAGGUCGUCCUUAAUAGAGAGGUGUCCGCUACGGGAGGUUCCACUGUAAGUAAAUGCCAAUUUCAAGAAAAAGGGUGGGACUGGGAGUCUAUUUUCUGGAAAAACAAAGAACUGACUCCUACCCGUUCAAGUUCUAGCCAAAAUGGUGUUCCCUGUGGUUACCCAAUAACCUGCUUAACGUGAAAAGCAUGCAUCUGCGCAUAUCCUUAUUUCUUUCAACGAUGAUUCUAAUAGCUUGAUUUGGCUAUUACUUGCCAAUUCUGGAUUCUUGCCUGACUGAUGGAGGAAAUGAGUGAGGUUUGUGGUGAAUGACGUGAAAGUUAUGAUUGUCUGUAUUUGACUUUGUAAGGUUUAUUCGGUGACAUACUGUGUCAACACUAUCAAGCUGGUUGAGCUGCAUCAGCUGUGACACAUAGGCCUAUUCCAUGUAAAAUAUACCUUUUUGUUGCCCUUAACUGGCUUAAAUGCAUCGGCACAGUAUUUGUUCCUAGCGUAUCAGAAAUGCUAGUCUGUUCAAGUACAAUGAGGUAUAGAUUUUGCUCCACACCCCGCGUGGGAUGGUUCAUACUCGGUGAUGUCGUCACCACAAACUGGCCUCAGUCAUGACUUUUGUUAGUUGUUUUUGUAUUAAAAAGUGUGUUGUUUAUGUUAUUGCCGGUCGAGUCCAUUUCAAGAUAAGUUGACUGCACUGCACUCUACGUUUUCAUGUAUAAAGCGUCACAAUUAUACUCCAUGAUGCGGUCAAGUUUAUUGUGAAAUUAUUUUUAAGUAUUAUGAGAAUAUAGUCUGUUCUUUUAAUUAUGAUGAUAGUCUACUGUCUUUAAUAGAGUUUAUAGAAUGAAGUAAAAUAGAGUAGAACCUCUCUAUUAAGGACACAGUGGGACUGACAAAUGGAGGUGUCCUGAUUAGAGAGGUCAGAUUGAAUGGAAACACCUAAGUUGGGAUCAAAACUAGUGUCCUUAAUAGAGAGGUGUCCACUAAGAGAGGUUCUACUGUAUUUAAAUAAAUGAAAAUUUUGUUUCUGAAUUUUCAAGAUGUGUCAAAACCAUUUUGUGUCAUUCAA